UCUCUCUCUCUCUCUCUAUAGCAGAAGAUCGAUCGAGAUCAUCAUGUAUGAUCAGCUAUCGUACGUGUCUGAUGUUUGCAAGUUCUUGCCCAAGGUUUGUUUUGCAUGGGAUGAAGGUGGAUGAAUUAAUAUUGGUGUCGACGAUGCUGAUAAAGGGCAAUAAUUGUCGGAGACUGAUCACAGUUGCAAACAAAACAUGCAUUGACCAUGUCCGAACAACAUUGUUACUUUGUCUGGCAAUUCAAUGGUGAUUAGACCUUGUUCAAGAAACACCAUGAUUAAAAACAAGUCAGAUCUCACAAUGAGAGUGGAUGUGAUAGUGCAUCCUGGCAACUUUCUAUCAAAGGCGAGUGUGCCUGAAAUCCCAGCUGGAGAGCACAGGUAUAUCUGCUAUGCAGAUUUCGGCAUUGAAACCAAUGUCAACCGCAACGUCGAAGUGCUUGCUUACUGCGACGGUGCCAAGGAAAAGGACAAGAAACCUAUUCCAACAUCCGAGAUAAGGGACAAUCAAGGAAUUGAAUUGACGUACAUGAACGGAAAGGUCGACUAUCAUCGUGUCAAGGGAAAUAUGAUUGAGAUGAAUGGGGUAAUCAUCCUGAUGAAACACGCAGCCAGAAAAAUCAGGUCAAUAUUGUGGAAAAUGGAAGAUCAUAAAGAACUGAGAAGUGCUGUUCUCGAGAACAACCGCGGCCUCUUGCAACCUGAUGGAAAGAAUAAGAUUGCUCACGGAGAUGGCUUGGGUACUCUUGAACCAAGUACUAGAGCUGGACCCGUUGGAUGAAGGACGUGUGACUGUGACGUCUCUCGUGUUUUAUUAUAUAUAUAUAUAUAUAUCUAUAUAUAUAUAUAUAGAAGACGCGUCCCUCAUCCAACGGGUCC